AUGUCCUUCAAGGAUGUGCGAGACCUCGCUGAGCACCUCAAGCUACUCGGCUAUCCGCAUGUGUUCCCUCUGCAGGCGUUGGCCAAUAAUUUCGGCAGUCUUGCCUCAUUUCAUGUCGUCGCCGAAGUUCUCCAAUGGUUGGCCGGUCUACUGGAGCCAGGUGCCGUACUGUCCGGCAGCGUAGAAUCGGAGAAUGAACGCAUAUUACUUAUACGCUCCGCCACCGAGUUCUUUGUUACUAAAUCGGCCAUAAAGCUCAAUCCACGUAAGUUAUAUGCGUCUUCUGCCGUCACCGCCACCGAGUUGCAGAAGAUCACGCGCAUGCUGAUCACACCGCAACAAUCGUCCGAGGACAAGGAUGAAGAGGAGAACUACCGCAGUCUCAACCAGGUGGACAUAGGCGAUAAAAUGGAUGAUUUGCGUCGUGCUCGCGAGCUCUCCACAGAUCUAACUCAGCGCGGCGCUGCACUGCACGAGCUGCUCGCUAAAGAAAUGCUACACCGAGAGACACGCCUGGCGCAAGCCAAUCGUCCAAUGGAGUUGGUAUCAGCAGAGCGUACGCUUAAGAAUGCUGUAGCAGCCGCACAAUUGAAAUUGCAAUCGAGUCGCGGACAAUUGGAGAAUGCACGCGUAGAAAUGAACGCGCUUAGCUCAAAGUUGCAACGCAAGCGCGCCGAGUUGGAGCGCACCAAGCAGCGUUUGGAGGCAUUGCAGAAGAUACGACCGGCGCACAUGCAAGAGUUCGAGGAAUGCGAGAAGGAGCUGCAGGAAUUGUUUCAACAAUAUUUUCAACGUCUACAUGUGCGCGAUGCGUUGCGUGCCCAAUACGAAGCGCGCACCAAACGCAGUACACCUGUCGCCUCGCCAAUGCUGCAGAAGCCGCAGGAAUCAUCAAUGCCCUUCAUACCGGAGGGUCUCAUAGAAGACGAUGACGACAAUGAGGGCGAAGCAGAGCUGGAUGGCAGUGGUGUGCUGCGACGUGGCAAUUUCGGACUGGAUGCGGAGAUUCCAGAUAUUCGAGAUGAGGAUAUGAUUUUGCGCAACCGGAGAUCAUAUAGUGGAUUGAUGGAUGAGGCGGCGCGUAAGAUGAGUAAGCGGCCAGGUACGGCAACUUCGCGCAAUGGACGCCCAAUAACGGGACGUAAUCGUCGGCCUCAAGCCGAGCGCCUUGCAGCGGAAGAUGGCAGCGACGUCGAUGGACGCGGUGGCGGCGCUAUGGGCAGCAUGCUGAGUACACGCGCUACACUGGGCGGGGAGGGUGACGAGGAUGACAGCUCAUUUGGUAGUUCGGACAGUGACCUGGGCAUGGGCGGACUGCUGGGCAUGGGGCGCGGGCAAACACCAAGCGGUCUACUGAGCAAUUUAGACGCCGAGUUGGCCAACUUUGUCGACGAUGAUUUUGAUCUAAACUCGAUGGAUGACAUAAGUAUUUCGAAAAUCACAGGAGAACUGCCGUUGCGUCCGAAGACAGCAAGCAAGCCGGAUCAUCACAGCGAUGAAGACUUUUAG